GCACAGCGAGCGAGCUUGAGUGUGCUUGCGUAUGUGUGUGUGCAUGCGUGCGUGUGUGUGCAUGCGUGUGUGUGUGCGUGUGCACAUGUAUGUGCAUGUGUGCUUGUGUGUGUGUGUGUGUGUGUGUGUGCCUGUGUGCUUGUGUAGGGGUCAGCCUCCUCCAGCGCACCCUGGGGCAGCCUGGCCAGGGAACCCUCCCUGAGGGCAGCAGCUGAGUUGGAGCUGGCAUCUCACUCAGCAGAGACCCUGGGUCAUCUUCUUUCCCCUCUCACUGGGACAGGCCCCAGUCUGGGAGACUCUCUACUUCUUUGUUGCUUCCUGAGUAGUUUUACUUGGAAAAGGAAUAGCCAGACCCGCCCAUCCUGCUGGUGACUGACAAGGCUCCCAGCCAGGGUGCAAUCAACCCCAUUAAAGAUCAGGCCUGGAGGGCUGCCUGGAGAACAGGAUUCCCAGCUGACCUCCUGGGGCUCAGCCCCAGGAUUCUGGGUUUUAAACUCAGGGCCUCUUUGCCCUGGGACUCCCUCCCUCUCUCCCUUCUAGGGGCACACGGUGUUUAUUUCACAGCUGGACGCUGCUCUAAGUGAAGCAGGAAGUAGGCCCCCGGGGAGGCAGAUAGAGCCCAGCAAAGCUGAUAACCAGCGAACCCUCUGGAUGCCUCUGGAGGCCUAGAGCAGAGGGUCACAGAUAACGGAAAUGCCAGGCUUAUCACAGCCGCCCAAGUUCUAGAGACAUUAUCCCGCCAGCCAGCCCACCUCAUUCCCGGCGCUCCAGGCAGCUGGGCAAAACCCAUCUCCACGCAGAGUAAACGUGAGCUGGCGCGGCUGCAGGAUGGGGACUCUGUGCCCUGCGCUGGCACUGCACGGCCCCAGCACCAGGGGCCAGCAGUGGGCGUCAGAUUAUACCCAGAUAUUUGCGGUAAGGGCAGCUCCAGGUCAAUUUGCUUUGAAGUAGGAGCCUGAGAAGCAAUCGUUAGGGUCACGGGACUAAGGGGGCCCCGGCGAAAAUUGUUCCCCAGACCUGGGUCCUCUUGGGCCAGGAAGCUCAGUCAGCAGAAAGCUUUGGCUGAUGAGUGCAGCCUGGGAUCGCCAGCCUGGCCCUUUCCCAGCCAAUGCAGGGUGCAGUGGGUGGACGGUGCCAAAUAGCAGCUCACCCCAAAGUUGUCUGCAUUCUUUCUCAGCUGUUUUCAUUUCCUAAGUAUGCGUGGCUUGACGGAGGCCAUGCUUGCACUUUCUGAGUUCACAGUGCGACUGGAGGAGGCAGCCUGGGCUGGGCCAGGUGCCUGGGGGAUUGGACUGGUUAGGAUUGGGGAGACCCCCGUCUCUUUCUACUAUUGUCUCACCCCGCAGUGAGGUGACUGAGCCCAUGGCUGUCUUGUUAGGCUGAGCUUCUGGGGCAGGGAGUGGGCUGAGAGGGGUGCAGAAAGUAGGUGAGGUUGGCCUUAAGGAUGGUAGCUUCAAUCUACCAUUGUCAUGUAUUUACCUUAUGCCAAAGAAACCCUGGUGGUACAAUGGUUAAGUGCUCGGCUGCUAACCGAAACUAUGGCAGUUCGAACCCACCCAGUGGUUUCUCGGGAGAAAAAACCUGGCAAUCUGCUCCUGAAGAGAUCACAGCCUUGGAAAUUCUAUGAGGCAGUUCCGCUCUGUCAUAUAGGGUCACAACAAGUCAGGAUCAACUCUACGGCCCACAACAACAGCCAUGUACCAGCCACUUUGCUAGGUAUUUUACUUGUAUUUAAUACUGAAAUAGCCAUGUGAUUAUUGCACUAUUCUGAGCCUCCCUUACAGGUGGUGAAAGCCGGAAUUCAGAGCUUAAUUCUAGGUAGGCAGCUAGCCCAUAUGGCUCCUUAGUGCAAAAUAAGAAACAAGGACGCUUUUCCUCAAGACACUUCUGUCAGAAGAUUGUCCUGAUGGUUGACUUGGUUAGACCAAGCCCUGUGACUGCCACGUCUGGAGCGUCCUUGUGAUGCCUACACAGAUCACGAGAAACAGGGUGUUCGGUGCCCCUUCAGUGUUGCCUUCCUAAGCUCUCACAACCUGCUUCUGGUUCUGCUUGCCCGAGGCAACCACGGUCACGUCUCCUAGCUUUUCCUUCUGGUCUGCCCUCCAUAUUCUCUUCAGCCACUUCAUUUUCAGUUUUAUACCUUAUCUGUGGACUUCCUAUUAGGAUAAAUGAGGAUUUAGCUCUCAUGCUCCCCACCCCACUCCCCAUCCUCACAGUAGAUAUAUUAUUAUUUUUCCUUGUGUGGAGUGUUUACCUUAUCAUAGCUUUACAUAUUAUUCAUUAGAAAUCAAUUAUUGUACUAUAAUCUCACUCUUGUGAGAACCCUGAUUUUCCUGGAAUCUCUGCUUCCGUUUGCUCCCUUCCUGCCCCGUCUGUCGUCCUCAUAGUCACAGCUAACACUGGUGAACUUACUGCGUGCCCUGAACCGCUCUGAGCGCCAGGCAAGUGUUCUCUUGUAAUCCUUCCGACAACUCCAGGAAGUGAAAGUACAGUUAACAUUCUCAUGUUACCCACCAGGAAAUGGAGGCUCAGAGGGGCUAAGUGAACCGGCCCAAGACUCCCUCUCAUCAGUGGCAGAAAAAACCCAAACCCUUUGCCGUUGAGUUGAUUCCGAUUCAUAGUGACCCUAUAGGACAGAGCAGAACUGCCCCAUAGGGUCAUCAGUGGCAGAGGCAGGAGUUAAAUGCAGACGGUCUGACUCUAGGCCCCAUGCUCUCAACAUUUUACUAACCUACUGCCAUCGAGUCGAUUCCAACUCAUAGCAACCCUAUAGGACAGAGUAAAACUGCCCCAUUGAGUUUCCAAGGAGUGCCUGGUGGAUUCGAACUGCUUUAAUUCUGGUAUUUUUCAUCCUGACUUUAUCACUCUGACAUCCUCUGAGGGCUCUCUAUCCUCCUGCUUUAAUUUAGGUUCUUUGGACCAAGAAUGAAGUUGUUCCCUGAAACUCUUUGUUUGUUUGCUUGCUUCCUUGUUUUGCUGGAGUAUACCCUCACAUCAGCUUCCUUUGAAAGGGUACAUAAGCUUUCUGAAUCUUUACAAGUCUGAAAACUCUUCAUUCUUUCUCUGCCAGUGGUGCAAUGUCUUCAAAGUUCUAAGACGGAAUGUUUUCCAACCUCGAAUUCUACGUUUGACCUGUCUUCCAGCAUCCAGUUCUUUUUAGGGGGAGAAGUCUAAUGUCAUUCUGAUUCUAGUUCUUUGGUACGUAAUUUAUUUUCUUUUAAAUUUCUGGGAGCUUUUAGAAUCUCCUCUUUAUCCCUGUGUUCUAAAGGUCCCUAACGACUGUAGUAUCUCUGAAGAUUUCCUUCCCUUUCUCUUAUUUCUCCUUUGGAGGUGCCAAUUAAUUAGAUGUGGAACCAGCUGAAUCCAUUAUCUAACUUUUUUAUCUUUUCUCUCCUUAUGUCUGUGUCUUCAUCUUUAGUUCUAUUUUUCUGGGAUAUUCUUCAACCCCUAUGUUAGAUUUUUUUAAAAAUUUAAUAUUCAUAUUUUUAAUUUCCAAGAGCUCUCUAUUAGUCUACAACUGCUCUUUCUCCAUAGCAGCCCCUUCUUUUUUUAAUGGAUGAAAUAGCUUUGCACACUUUCUUGUGACUCCUAAUGACAGCCUUUAAAAAAUUUUUAUUAUUACUAUUUUAUUGUGCUUUAGAUGAAGGUUUACAGAGCAAAUUAGUUUCUCAUUAAAUAACAGGAGCCUCUUAGAAGCUUUCUUCUAUGUCUGCAUUUCCUGUGUCUCCUCCAGGGUUAUGUUUUUACCUGCUUUUUUCUCCCCUUUUCAUCUUGGGACUUUCUUCAAAUACUUGGCUAUCCCUUUUUGUUUGUGUGUAAUUCAGAAUAAGACACUAAAAACUGAGUGGGUGGUCGGGGCUUCUUGAAUGGGUUUGUUGAGAUGAUCACAGGAGGAGCUCCCUGGGGAACCUGCCAAAGCCUGUAUAUAGAAUCUAUUGUACUGUGAACCCUUGGAGCCCUGGUGAUGCAGUGGUUAAGAGCUUGGCUGCUAACCAAAAAGGUCAGCUUUGAAUCCAUUAGCUGCUCCUUGGAAGCCCCAUGGGGCAGUUUUACUUUGUCCUGUAGAGUCACUUUGAGUCAGAAUCUACUCAAAGGCAAUGGGUUUGCGUAUCCCCAGAAACAGUCCUCUGAUCUGUGAGGGUCCAGGGUCUCUUGGCUGCGCCCAUUCUGUGUAGAGGUGUGGCGACCCUCCCCCUUGUCCCACCCAGGGUCUCAGGGUCCAAAGGCCACUCUGGGGUUCUGCAGGGAAAGCUGACUCUAUGCUUGUCUGAAUCCACCAGUUAGACUGUGGGUUUCUCUUUCUUGCUUCUCCAGUUACCUCUUUUCUGACAGCUUCCUGUCUUCUAGAAGCUCAUUGACCACACUCAUCCCAGUGGCUCCUCUUCCAUCCUCUCUGUGAUUGAGGGUGUCUAUUUUGUUUCAUUUUUUCCUUUACUAUCGUUUUAAUGAGGUCUCUGGAAAGAAAGGAGAUAAAUAUAGGUCAAUCUUUCAACUUGAGUUAGAGUCCUGAUGUCAUUUUAAAAUGAGAGGUUGUGGUAUCUCCCUCCACGUGAGCCCAGACACUGUCAGGCCACCAGAAAGACCAGGAAGAGUCUAGUGGCUCAGUGCAUGGUGACAAACAGAAGUCAGCCUGUGUUUUCCUGGGAGUGGACCAGCUGCCCUGCCCUCACCCAGGAAAGAUGAGGUGUUAUUGGGCUUGCUGCUCUGUGCCGACCCAGCACAGCUGCCUCUUCUUGGGUCUGCACUCUCUUGACUUGGGAGGUGGAAUGCUUCCCUUCUCCUCUGGGCAGGCACCAUUGUCCCAAAAGAACUCGAGAGAGUUGGAGCGAAUGGCGAGAAGCAUGGUACUUCCUGAGCCCUUUACAUCAGAGGGUGUUGGAGAGAACCCAUGAGCUCCCACUUGGGAGUUCAUAAAUGUGCUCAUAAACUCCUGUUGACAGAAAAACAAAAGGGAUUCAAGGCGGUCUUCCUGGCUACUCUUUUACAUCAAAGAAGCCUCAAGGUCUUUUCCUGCUGGCGUAUUCUGAGAUUUUUCCCAGAGGUUCCCAGAGCUUCCUUCUGGGAAUUGUCAGGUUUCCUUCCCUGUUCUUAUUCGGAUUGUUCUGGAGACCCAGGCCUCAGCUGCCUCCUUCUUCAGAAGUCCUUCCAGUGUCAACUCAGCCUCUUGUUUCCUGCUGUGGCCUCCUUAGUUCAUUCCUUUGAUACAGUAUUGAAUACUGCCAUGUGCCAGACCCAGAGGGCAGCCUGGCACCGUUACUGUCCUCUGGGAGCUUCCAGGUGGUUCUGGAACAGCCAAAGUAGAAGUCUUAUUUCUAGGAAACACUUAAGGGAGACCUGGGGUGAAUCCACAAAAAAUUUAAACUAGUUUUUGACAUAGAUACUUACUAAUAUGUCAGGGGGCCCCCUGGGUGGUGCAAAUGGUUAACGAGCUCCGCUGCUAACCAAAAGGUUGGCGGUUCAGGUCCAUACAGAGGUGCCUUGGAAGAAAGACCUGAUCUACUUCCCUAAAAACCAGCCAUUGAAAACCCUGUGGAGCACAGUUCCAUUUUGAUACACAGGGGGUCACCGUGAUUUGGAGUUGACUUGACAGCAACUGGUAUAUAAUGUGUCUGGAGUACUUGAUUGUUUCCUUCGAGUUCUUCUGGACUUUUAAGGUAUCUUUCCAGGCUAUAUUAACAGGGACUUGUCUGGAUGCCCUUGCUUAGAUCUCUAUAGCAGCAGUAAUAAGAAGCAGCCAGUAGUAUGUAUAUUCUGGUGGGACGUCUCUCCCAAAGACCGGGAUCUGACUCUUCAGACUGUUGAGGUUUCAUUCACAAAAAAUAUUUGUACCUACCGUGGGAGAGGCAUUGGGCUGGGUGUGAGACUUCCAGAAAUUUCUCUAGGCAGUAAUUUCCCAAAAUCUGAUCCAAGGAAUUCUCUUUGUACAGGAAAAAACUGAGUGUGCUGUGAGGGGGAAGGGGUGAUUCCCUAAUCAGAUGCCUGGUUCUUUUCUGUGGCAAAGGACAUCCUGCUGAGGUGAAUAGUAAAUCCCCCAAAGGGGCUGGGGCAUGAGGUGUUUCCCAAACUGCUUUUUCCAAGGAGGGUUCGUUUGUUUGCGUGUUCGUUUUAAAAGUACAGCAAAUGUAACCGACUGGUGCUCUUUUAAAUAUGCUCAAGGCUAUUCCAUCAGAGACACCAGGACUGUGCCCCCGAAAAUGGGUCUGGAUUUCUACAAGGGCUGCACAGGGGCAGCUACCCAGAUAGAGAGAUGUGUUCGUGGCCAAGCAUGCUGUUUUUGUAUGUUGCUGUCUUAGGGUUUGCAGGAGCCUUGAUGGCGCAGUGGUUAAGAGCUAUGGUUGCUAACCAGAAGAUUGGCAGUUCAAAUCUACCAGCCAUUCUUUGGAAACCCUAUGCGGCAGUUCUACUCUGUCCUAUAGGGUCACUAUGAGUCAGAAUUGACUUGAUAGCAAUGGGUUUGAUAGAGAAACAGAACCAAUAAGACAUAUAUAUUUUUUAAUUUUAUUAUUAUUAUUAUUUUCAUUUGAAGGAAUUGGCUUAUGUGAUUGUGGUGAUGUUGUUGUUAGGUGCCGUUGAGUCAGCUCUGACUCACAGUGACCCUGUGUACAACAGAACCAAACACUGUCCCAUCCUGCACCAUCCUCAUGAUCGUUGUUAUGCUCGAGCCCAUGGUUGCAGCCACUGUGUCAAUCCAUCUCGUUGAGAUGUGGGGCUAGCAAGUCCAAAAAUCCAUAGGUCAGGCAACAGGAUGGAAAUUCUGGCAGUCUUGUAUUCAAAAUAUGUAGGACAGGCUGGAAAUUCUGGCAGUCUUGUGUCCCAGUAUUGGUAGGUCAGAUGGUGAGGGAGAGAAAGGAAUUCUGGCAGGAUGUCUAUUUAUAGGUUUCCCUCAGGAAACCUUGGGCUUUACCCUUAAGGUCUUCAACUGAUUGGAUGAAGCCCACCACUUUAUGGAGAGCAAUCUGCUUUACUUAAAGCCAGUUGAUUUAAUCCCGUGUAAACACUUCAAAGCAGCAUCUAGACUAGCGUUUGACCAAACACCUGGACACCAUAGCCCAGCCAAGGUGACACAGAAAAUUAAUCAGCACAGUUUCCUAUGACCUAAAAUAGCAAGAUGACCUAAAGCCGCUUGUAGAUGUCAGAUUUCUAGGUUAAAGUUUAUUAUCAUAAUCACUUUUAUUUGGACUGGUGGAGAUCUAGGGGGCCAUUGAAAGAACCUCCCCCCCCAUUUGGUGCCAUCACUGACUAUCCCUGGACCAUCUUCAAGAGGCUACAUGGCUGCAUGGCUGGUUGACCUUGGACAAGCUUCCCUCUCUGGCCUUGCUCCCUCCAAAUGAGGGGCUGGAUGAAAAUGGGGUUUGUGGCAACCUCAGGGUUCUGCGGUGCCCCCUUGCUUCCCACCUCAGCAUCAACCUCUUCUGUCUGCUUUAUUUCUGCUUCUGUAAAAUGUUUCGUUUGAACCAAGGGGCUCCUAGGGCUAAAAGGUUCAGAGACCACAGGACGAAUUCCUGUCCAGGAUCCUACUGAGUCUGUUUCUGAUUAGAAAGUAGUGCUGGCUACCUGCGUAGUAAUUACCGGGGAGAAUGGGGACAGCUGGUAAAGCUCCUGAGGGCUCUGCGAAGAAUGUGACCUGCAGGGUGGCACUUGGUGAGCAGCCUGGGCUGUUGUCCCUCACUUCUAUCUUUAGAUACAAGUGACUAGUGACUGGGGGCUCUGGGUGGGGAGGGCCCUGUAGAUUCACCCCGCAGGCAGCCUAAAUGCACAACAGGGGACCGGCUAAGUAAAAAAAAACAAACCUAACCUGUUGCCGUCGAAUGGAUUCUGAUUCAUAGCGACUCCAUAAGACAGAGCAGAACUGCCUCAUAGGGUCUGCAAGGAGGGGCUGGUGGAUCUGAACUGCCUGCCUCUUGGUUAGCAGCCGAGCUUUUAACCACUGUGCUUCCAGGGCUUCUCGGCUAAGUAAGGGCGCCCGCCGACUGGGCUAAGUGAGGGCGCCGAAAGUGUGUUUCCAAUUUGCUAAAGCAUUAACGUUUUCAUUGUGGAAAAAAAAAUGAGGGCUUUUUUGAACAGCCUCACAUUUUGUUCUGUGUUGGUUUUGCUUUUCAUGGUGAAUUAUGUGUAUGUGGUAGGAAGACACCCCAGCAGACGGAGACACCCCUACUAGCCAGCGCUUUGGGCCUCUAAAGGUCUCGCUCUGCCCUGGAGCCCCUAGAGCCCCUCUUAGCACCUGGCUGACAAGGAGUUGCCUAAAGGACCCCUUGCUUCUAACCUUCAGUUUCAGCUUCUCAAGCCCCUGCCGGCCUCGGGCAGAUUCUUAACAUAUUCACCCAUCAGCAGCCUCUCAGAAAGGAAUGUUAAAUGCUGCCAUGAUGUCAAAGGGCCCAAGGAGAGGGGCCUGGGCCAAACCCAGCCCGCCACUCACGGCGUGGCAGAGUGGGAGAUAAGCAGAGGCACAGAGAGGCCCUGGGCCACUGGGCUUCCCAAGCAGCCAGGCGACUGAUGGGCUGGCACUGAGGGAUGAGGCCGAGGCGCUAGUUUCCAAGGACAAUGAACUUCCAAAUGUCACUGCCCAAGUGACAACCAGGCGUCUGUGAUUCUGCCAUUUCUCCGGCGUUGUCAAGCCUGCAUCAGGAUGUCAGGAACCGCCAAGGAGAGUUUGGGGCCCCGGGGGCUGCCGGUGCUGGGCAAGGCCUGUAUAAACACCGUGGACAAACAGCUCAACAUGCUGAACGAGAAGGUUGACAAGCUCUUGCAUUUCCAAGAAGAUGUGACGGAGAAGCUGCAGGGCCUGUACCGUGGCAUGGGCCACCUGGAGCAAGGCCUUCACCGGCUGGAGGCCUCCCAGGCUGGGGCUGGUGGUACUCCCCCAGCUGACCCUCAGGCUGGGAGCCCCGAGGUCCUGGAGCUGGUGAGGGCAGUGCGGCAGGACGCUGCCCAGCACAGCACCCGACUCGAAGCCCUCUUCGGGAUGGUGGUGGCUGUGGACAAGGCCAUCUCUUUCUUGGGGGCCAUGUUCCAGAACUCAAAGGUGGUGGAUUUCAUCAUGCAAGGGAGCGUGCCCUGGAGAAAGGGAAGCCUGACUGACGUCCCCGAGGAGAACAAAGAGAAUGCAGAAGAGAAGGGAGCAAAACCAAAGUAUGGGCUGAGCUCGAGGGGUGUGCAAGCCGAGAUCAGGGGGCCUUGGGAAGAGAGCCAGAAGGCAGGCCCCCCAGAGGGGCCAGUGGAGCGGCUGCCCCCCAUCCACACUUCAAGGAUGGGAGCGGACCUCCUCAUCCAGGCAGGGGCCUCGUCAGGGCAGGGAGAUGGAGUCCCUGGCCAAGGCCAGGUGCCAUCUGACCCCCUGCUGCUGCCCACAGAGGUGGAAGCCAGAGCUCCCAGGACAGCCAGCAAGAAUCCCAGGACCAGCCUGGAUUUGUCUGCAGCCCCUGGCAGGGCCAGUGAGGUUCUUAGCAGCCAGAAAGCUGCACCUGGCAGGCAACAAGGAGCACUCCCCUGCAGACCUGACUCUCGGACCUCAGAGGAUGGGCUGAGGCUGACUUCAGGGACCAGUCCCCAGCCCCCCACACCUCCAGAGCCUCCAGUCCAAGCCAGGGUUGCUUAUGGCGGUGGAGAAAGGCCUCCAAGGAUCUCUGUACUGGUGCAGGAGACUGAUACUCCUGGGGAGCUGCUUGUGACACGAGGGGGUGCCCGCAGACCCACACCGUCUGGAGGGCCUCCACCAGCUGCUUGUUCAGGAGAGCAAGCCCCAUUCGGGCCCAGGUGCUGUCCUCAGGCCCCUGGGACUGAGUCGGGAGAACAGACGCCCCAAGGAGCCAGGAGCAGCGAUGGGGGAGUGAGGACAGAGAAGCCUGGGCCUGGGGCUGAGACCGGCAUGGGACCAACCUUGGCCAGAAGGGACAAGGGAGGCGAUGCUGCUGGGUCCCCGGACCCGAGGCCUGACAAAGGCCCAGGAGCAGGAAACCCUGAGCCUGGGAAGACCUGCCCUGACGGUAGCACAGGGAGAGCGGGAGCAGGAAGGAGGACACCCCCCGGGCCUGAGGCUGGCAGCGUCGUUCUGGAUGACAGUCCGGCUCCGCCAGCCCCCUUUGAACACCGGGUGGUGAGUGUCAAGGAGGCCUCUAUCUCAGCGGGUUAUGCAGUGUGUCAGCAUGAAGUCUUGGGAGGGGGCCGGUUUGGCCAAGUUCACAGGUGCACAGAGAAGUCCACGGGCCUCCCACUGGCAGCCAAGAUCAUUAAAGUGAAGAGCACCAAGGACCGGGAGGAUGUGAAGAAUGAGAUCAACAUCAUGAACCAGCUCAGCCAUGUGAACCUGAUCCAGCUCUAUGAUGCCUUCGAGAGCAAGAACAGCUUCACCCUGGUCAUGGAGUAUGUGGAUGGGGGUGAACUCUUUGACCGGAUCACGGAUGAGAAGUAUCACCUGACGGAACUGGAUGUGGUUUUGUUCACCAGGCAGAUCUGUGAAGGCGUGCAUUACCUCCAUCAGCACUACAUCCUGCACCUGGACCUCAAGCCCGAGAACAUACUGUGUGUCAGUCAGACAGGACACCAAAUUAAGAUCAUUGACUUCGGGCUGGCCAGAAGGUACAAGCCUCGGGAGAAGCUGAAGGUAAACUUCGGCACUCCUGAGUUCCUGGCCCCGGAAGUUGUCAACUACGAGUUCGUCUCCUUCCCCACGGACAUGUGGAGCGUGGGGGUCAUCAUCUACAUGCUGCUCAGCGGUUUGUCCCCAUUUCUAGGGGAAACAGAUGCCGAGACCAUGAAUUUCAUCGUGAACUGUAGUUGGGAUUUCGACGCAGACUCCUUUGAAGGGCUGUCAGAGGAGGCCAAGGACUUUGUUUCCCGGCUGCUGGUCAAGGAGAGGAGCUGCAGAAUGAGUGCCACACAGUGUCUGAAACACGAGUGGCUGAAUAACUUGCCUGCCAAAGCUGCAGAAUCCAAAGUUCGUCUCAAAUCCCAACUAUUGCUGCAGAAAUACAUGACUCAGAGAAAAUGGAAGAAACAUUUCUACGUGGUGACGGCUGCCAACAGGUUAAGGAAAUUUCCAACUUGUCCUUAAUCCUCAGCUCUGCUGCUCCAAUGGGCCUAGAAAUUAUUGAGAACAGUGGCGAAGUGAUGACCUACGAUUUUUAAUAAUCUGACCUUUUACUAUUAUUAAUCCCACUAAUUUAAAAAAAAAAAAAAAAAGGCUGUGGCUCUGGAUUUUGUUGUGGAUGAAAAGUGGCUUACAAGAAAGCAACCCAGGAACUUUGACACAGCGGUUAAGAGCUCGGCUGCUUACCAAAAGGUUGGCAGUUUGAAUCCACUAGCCAUUCCUUGGAAACCCUAUGGGGCAGUUCUACUCUGUGCUAUAGGGUCGCUGUGAGUCAGAAUCAACUUGGUGGCAACAAGUUUAUAAGAUCACGAAGUUUGAAAUGCUGUGUUAAUUUUUUAAGCAUACCUCCUUCUGGUAUAGGCAGGCUCUAGGUAGGUAGACAAGUCCCUGUUUACGUGUGUCAAACUUAAACUCUAAACUUAUCCUGAUUAAAAUUCUCAGUAGAUGACUCUGCAGGGGCACCCAGGACAAAGAAUCCCUAGAAUUCCGAUUUGCUCAGGUGUGAGCUGAUCUUUCAUGGCGCUACCUACACGAGUCUAGUGUAAAGCAACAUGGAUUUAGGACAGUGUUUGUCAAACUUGUUUUAACUCAUGCUCCCUUAUGAGAAUCAACAUAAAAAAAAAAAAAUCCUUAAAUGUUUUUUGAAAUUUCAAAGUACAUCAAGUGCCGUGGCUAAAAACCCCAGAGCAGUGAUGAUGAAUGUGCUCUUUGGAUCCACAGCCUCUCCGGCCUCUCUCCAGCUCUCCCAUUCCUCUGUGACCCCCUUCCUCAGCUGGGAAUGGCUGGUCUAGGAAGUCUGAAACACGGGGAGGCAGAUAAGAAUGUAAAGAUGCACAGCUUUCUAAGAGAAACGGGGACGGGAGAGGAAAUAAAGGCAAAUGAGAAAACAUUAAUUAGGUACAUAAAUAUUAAUAAAUUUAAAUCUUAUUAGAAAAUAAGGAAACGUAAAUGAGAAAAUAAAGGAAAACUUCUCUUCUGCUUUAUUAAGAACACACAUCUUUCAAUAUUGUCAUUUAACAGACUCGUAGAAUGAUCAAUACGGAGAACUUAUGACUCAAAAGUGGACAAUUCUUGUAAUUUCCUUGCUUCUAACCUGAUCUUUGAGCUAUCUGCAUUCCUUUCGAGGGUCGGCAGUUUUAGUUAGAGCAGUUACUUUUUAAUUAGAUACGCAACAGUUUCUCGGCCUUUCAGGAGCUUUCUCCCUUGGGAUAAAGACUUUUUUUUUGGCAGAGGACGUGGGUGGGAGGGAGGCGGAAGGUGAGAGGCUAUCUUGCUGCCACGGGUCUCCAGCUGUAACUUUCCUCUGGAAAGCUGACCUUUGUCAGGACGCCAAGAUUUUCAGUAUCAGCAAGUCUAGGCCAGCUCCAAGUUGGUCCGUUAAUGAAUAAACAAAAGAGGUGGCUGUUGGAAACCUCCCUUUAAUGAGAGCAACAGCGAUUUGGCAAAAUGUUUUAUUUUUGAAGUGUCAGUUAUCUCUCUGAAAAGGUUUUUUCGGGGCAGACCCCAGAAGGAGCUAAACGGAUUGCCUUUGAGUAGACCCUGGCAACCUCUUGCGUGUCAAAGUAGAACUGCGUUCCGUAGAGUUUUCAAUGGCUGAUUUUUUUCCCAGAAGCAUACCAGCAGGCCUUUCUUCCAAGGCACCUCUGGGUGGACUUGAACGUUCAACCUUUGGGUUAGCAGCCAAGUAUGUUAACCAUUUGCACCACCCAGGGACUCCCUCCAGAAGGAGCUAGAGAGGAUAUUUUGUAGUUCUACCUAGUAAAAAAAAAAAACAAAAAAAAAACAUUUUUUUGUCUAGUAUGGUGGUUCUUAUCCUCUUUGGGACUUAAGAUUCUUGGGGAAUGCUAUGGAUCUUCUCCCUAGAAAUAUGUAGUUGAUUACCCCUAUAUAAAACAGCACUGUCCUGUGGUGCAGUGGUUAAGAGCUAUGGCUGUUAACCAAAAGGUUGGCAGUUCAAAUCUGCCAGCCGCUCCUUGGAAACCCUAACGGACAGUUCUACUCUGUCCUAUAGGGUCACUAUGAGUUGGAAUCGACUCGAUGGCAACAUAUUUUUUAUCUUUUGAAUGUACAUGAUUUUUCUAGUAGCCCCUCUAAAGGAAACCAGUGAAAAUAAUUUAUUUAACCCUAUGUAUCAAAUAUAUUAUUGAUUCAAUAUGUAAUCAAUAUAAAAUUGAGAUAUUUUAUAUUCUCUUUUUCAUACCCAGUCUCCAAAAUCUGGCACGUAUUUUACACUUAAAAUACCUGUGAAUUCAGAUGCUAAGCUUUCAUUGGACAUCUGUAUUUAGAUUUUGUAAAAAUUACUGUUGAAAAAUAUACUCGCAGGCUCAAGUUGUUUCAAAUAUACUUAAAGGUUUUCCAAUAAUUGAAUUAAGUAUCCAUUUUUAAUUUUAAUCAAGAUUAAUUAAAAUUAGAAAUCCAGUUCAGCAGUCACACUAGCCGUAUUUUAAGUGUUUAAUAGCCAACAUGGCUAGUAACUUCUGUAUUGGCUAGGGCAGAUCUAGGGAGAAUUCUAUGUCUAGCAAAUUCUAAUUAUUUUCCCCCCUGUGUACUGUUAUUCUUUACCUAGAGAAAUAAUUUCUUUCUAAAGUGCCUUUGAGGAUAUUCAGGUCAGGCCCACACAAGAGGUAAUGUGGAUUUUAGCCUCCUUGAUCUGAAAUUCAAGGAAGAAUUUUUAAGAAGCUUGAUUUUUCUGGAUGUUUUAGUGUUCUCACUUUAGGAGAAUGGACAAUUUCUGGUGUGUACUUAGCUCAAAAUUCUUUAUGUUGACACUGUGCUGGUAUCUAUUUCUAAUGGAACUUUUCCGGUGAAUGAACAGCCUUUGGAGACUGCUGGACAGAGAAACUCUGCAAGGUAGUCAAAAACUAAACCAGCGGCCAACGAGUUGAUUCCAACUCAUAGCGACCAUAUAGGACAGAGUAGAACUGCCCCAUAGGGUUUCCAAGGAGUGGCUGGUGGAUUUGAACUGCUGACCUUUUGCUUAGCUGCCAAGCUCUUAACCAACAUGCAACCAGGGCUUCAAAAGAUAGUCAGGGCCCACUUUUCCCACCUAUCAGGUUGGCAAAGAUAAAGAAUAUGAUGAUACCUAAAGUUGGGGAGGGUAUGGGGGAAAGUGGCAUUCUUCCCUUCUGAUAGGUAUGUAUCCCAUUAAGUCAUGCCCACACUUCCAUCCAGCAAUUCCAUUUCUGGAAAUUUAUCUGUCAGCCAUGCUUGAACAAGUAGACAGAGAUUUCUGCAAAAUGAUGUUUACUGUAGCUCUUGUUCGUAACGGCUCAAUGGAAACCACAUACACGUGUAUAUCGGUAUGGGUCUGGUCAAAUAAGUUUUGCUGCACCCAGGUAAUGGGCUAUUUUGCAGCAGCUAAAAGCAGAUCUAGAUGUUCUGACAAACAUCUUUUCAGUAUAAGAAAAAAAUUACAGAACCAUACAUAUCGUGUCAGGAGCCCUGGUGGUGCAGUGGUUAAGAACUCAGGCCGCUAACCGAAAGGUCGGCAGUUCAGGUCUACCAGCCGCUCCUUGGAAACCCCAUGGGACAGCUCUACUCUGUCCUAUAGGAUCGCUAGGAGUUGGAAUUGACAACAAUGGGUGUGUUUUUGUUUUUUAAUAUAGAGUACUGUCCCAUUUGUGGAGAGGCAAAUGCCUAUCUAUGCAUUAACAAUUUCUAGGAUUUACAAGAAAAUUAACAGUGGAGCAUGGACCAGGUGAGAGGGGAGUUCCACUUUUCACUUUACACCUUUAUGAACUAUUUGAAUUUUUUUUUUUUUUUUUACAAUGAGCAUGUAUUGCUUUUAUAAUUAAAAAUUAGUUAGCAGCCGCAUGUCAAGUGUGAACUUUGUUUGGACCUUGAUUCUAGAAAUGAGUAAUAAAAGGUAUUUUGGAGACAUUCAGGAAAUUUAAUUAUAGAUUGUGUAUUUAAUAAUAGAAAUACUAUUAACUUCUGUGAGCUGUGACCAUGGCAACGUGGCUGUGCAGGCUUAAUGACUCCAGGAUAAAGGGAGGCCUAGGUCAGCGAGUGUGGCAAAUUCUUGCUAACUCUUGGUACUGGCUAUGACUAUGGGGUUUCACUGGACUGUUCUGUUUACUGUCAUAUAUAUUUGAACAUUUUCAUGAUAAAAAAAAUUUAAAAAUUAAUUAAAUAAACCAUGGGGAGCUGUUAAAAAAAAAAAAAAGAG